AUGCCUUCAGCUCCACCUGCCACGGCCUCUUCUGUUUCAGAACCCACCUGCCCCACCUCUAUUUCUAAUAAUACUUAUACGUGGAGAGAGCUGCAAGGCUGCAACAACUGGGAAAAUCUACUCUCACCCACCUUGCACCCUUUGCUUCGUCAAGAAAUCAUUCGUUAUGGAGAACUUGUCACUGCAUGCUACAAGGCCUUCGAUCUGGACCCAAACUCCAAACGCUACCUAAAUUGCAAGUACGGCAAAGCCAACAUGUUUAAAGAAAUUGGCAUGGAGAAUUCAGGUUACCAAGUUACCAAGUACAUCUACGCUACUCCUCAAAUCAGUAUCAACAACAUCCCCGCUAUCCACUCAUGCGGUCGGUGGAUAGGAUACGUCGCCGUUUCCAAUGAAGAUAUGGUGAGAAGGCUGGGGAGGAGAGAUAUUCUAAUUAAUUUCCGUGGGACCGUGACAAAUCCUGAAUGGAUCGCCAACUUCAUGAGUUCCCUGGUUCCAGCCAGGCUCGACCCAUAUAAGCCACGGCCAGAGGUGAAGGUAGAGUCUGGGUUCUUGAGCCUUUACACUUCAGAUGAGAGAGAUCACAGCAAGUUUGGCCUGGGAAGUUGCCGUGAACAGCUUCUCUCUGAGGUUUCUAGGUUACUCAACAAGUACAAAAACGAGGAGGUGAGUAUAACUUUAGCAGGUCAUAGCAUGGGGAGCUCAUUGGCUCUUCUUCUUUCAUAUGACAUUGCAGAGCUGGGCUUGAACAAAAUCAAGUAUUCCCUCAACACAGAAAUACCCAUCACGGUUUUCUCUUUUGGAGGACCAAGAGUUGGAAACCUGGCGUUCAAGCAACGGUGUGAUGAAUUAGGAGUCAAAGUACUGAGAAUAGUCAACGUUAAUGAUCCCAUAACCAAGUUACCAGGCGUUUUGUUUAACGAAAAUUUUAGGGUUUUAGGAGGAAGAUAUGAGCUUCCAUGGAGCUGCGUCUGUUAUGCUCAUGUUGGGUCUGAGUUGAUUCUAGACUUUUUCAACAUGCAAAAUCCUUCAUGUGUUCAUGACUUGGAAAGCUAUAUCAACUUACUCAAAUCUCCCAAGAAUAAUAUAACUACAACACCGCAGAAGAGUGAAAAAGAUGGAAAUUUCUUGAGUAAAGCAAGAGAGUGGCUAUUGAGUGCUCAGUAUUUAAACCUUUUGCCGUUGGAAACCAAUACAAUAAGCAAUAUGAUAAUGAACUUCUUUUAG